AUGCCGUCCAUCACGCACUACGUGCUGGAUCGCUUCCUUGAGACAGGGUCGCCUGCUCAUGUCCAGAAGGUGGUUCCCAAGCCUCCGCCGCCGCCUCCUGACAAGGCCACACCGGUGCCAGUGUGUCCUGUCAGGACACAGACGUCGCCGGCAUCACUCUAUGCCACGCCUGAGAGCACCACCCUGCCGGACUCGCCUUCCUCGUUCCCGGGAACCUGGUCGCCAUACCUCAUCAACCAUAAGAGGCGGGGAGCCUCCCUUGCCAGGACCUUCUCUCAGGGUGAUGCUGGGCGUGAGGGCAGCCAGCCAAAGCUCCCUGUGAUGCUGCCUGCUUUACCCAAAGGGGGUGAACCCACUGAAGGCCAGGACCCAGAGUUUGUGUUUCAGCAAGGAGGCAAUGGUCAAGCUGAAGGUGACAGUGGUGUGGAAGAGGCUUUGGAUGACAAUAGUGGAAUGUUACAGAAGGGCAAGGAAUCUGUGGUAGCUGAAAGUGAGCAUGAGCAGCCUGAGUUUGAGUUUCAGUGGCGGAGUCUUGAAGCACUAGUGAAGCCUGUUAAUGUUGGAAGACCUUUGAAUGGUGGGGCACACAUAAAUUCUGAGAGUGACAUCUUUGAAUGGUGGAAGCCUAGUUCUCCUCUUGGAACCUCUGUUGGUACACCUGGUGCAGAAUUCUAUGAUGCAUUUGAAGAAAUGUCCAGUGAUGGUGGAACUCGGUCUUCGCGUGUCAUGGAUGAUGACCUCCGUGAAAUGAGGUUAAGUCUGUUGAUGGAAAUUGAGAGGAGGACACAAGCAGAAGAAGCACUUGAGAUCUGGCAACAGGAAUGGAAGAAUCUGAGUGACCACCUAUCACUUAUUGACUUAUCACUUCCAUCUCCAAGUAUAGCUGAGGAUUCUGAUGGUUCAAGCGUGGAUCCUGGAGCUGAGUUGUGCCAGCAAAUAAUGGUUUCACAACUGGUAGCUGCUGCUAUUACUCGGGGUUUUGCUCGUGCUGAAGUUGAAUCAGAUAUGGAGACCAUGAUUGCGACAAAGAACUUUGAGAUUGCAAGGCUGUCGGAUAGGGUCCAGUACUAUGAAGCUGCAAACAGGGAAAUGUCUCAAAGAAACCAAGAGGCUAUCGAGAUGUCAAGGCAACAACGCAAGGGGUGUAAGAAGCGGCAGAAGUGGUUCUGGGUUUCAGUUGGGCUUGCAGUCACCCUUGGUGCCACAGCCAUUGCCUGGUCUUACCUACCUGCAUCGCAGCCCCAGGCCAUUGCAGAUUCAAAUAGUGCCGCCAGCAACUAA